UUGUCAUCGCCACAGAGAGCAUGGCGUUAUGUACCCACACUGAACUGAGAAGCUUGGUUGUUUGAAGCGCUGAGUAUUCCGCAACGCCGUUACCAAGCCAACGAUGAUAGUAGAAUUGCAGCAGCGUCGGCAGCAGCCACAGCUGAUACCGGUCACCAAACGCUGUCUUCGUUACGCUUUGACGAGCGCUACAGUAGCAGAAGCUAUUUCAAAGAAACUUGCGACACUUUGCCGCGUCAGCUUGUAUUGCUUGUCCCGGGCAACUGUGAUAAUAGUUAGGACGAGCUGAGUCGAGUCGAGUCGAGUCGCGUCGAGGCGGGUGUUUGAGUACGAGUAUUAUUGUUUUGAUCGUCAGACGUUGCAAUGGAAUUGCGUCGCUUCGUGUUAGUUUGUAUACUACUUUUUGUCACCACAGUGACGGCUAGAACGCGUGGACGGCCAAACAUUUGCCUGCAGCCGCCGCCAAGGUCGGAAGGUGUUUGUACUAUCGAAAUUGAAGGUUUCUACUUCGAUCCACGUAGCAACGACUGCCAAAUGUACGUGUUGGGUGGCUGCCAUACCAUACCCGGACAGAGUUUUGGCUCGCGACAAGAUUGCCUGGACACUUGUUUGCAUAUGACAAGGCGCUUGCAGGACCUGCGAUAUAAUUAAUGCAGAAUGGCGGUGCUAAAUAUGAGAUGAGUGAAGGGAAAUAAUUGAUUAUGUAAAAUUUUGAUAUCGAAUUGAAUAAAAAUAA